AUGAGUUCCUACUUGAUAAACUCCAACUACAUCGAGCCUUCCUUCCCACCAUGCGACGAGUACCAGCAGAGCGGAUAUAUCCCCAGCCACGGCGACUACUACGAGCGGCCAAAGGAUACGGGCUUCCCCCAUCACGACGAGCAAUCCUAUCCCAGGUCAGGCUACGCGGAGACGGGCUAUGACUACGGAACCGUCCCCUCGGCUGCCGCCGCUGCAGGACUCGACGAUUUCGGCGACGGGCACCACGCACAGCCGCAGCCGGUCCCACAGAGCCACGGCGCUCGCCUCUCCGCGGCGCCAGACGGUGGCGCAGGGGCAAACGGGAGCAAAGACUGCAGCCUCGCCGGUGAAGUGUACCCCGGCGUGGCGAAGGGCAAGGAGCCGGUUGUCUAUCCGUGGAUGAAAAAGGUCCACGUUAGCAGCGUCAAUGCCAGUUACAAUGGAGGGGUGCCCAAGAGGUCCCGCACUGCCUACACCCGCCAGCAGGCUCUAGAGCUGGAGAAGGAGUUCCACUUCAACCGCUACCUGACCCGGCGCAGGCGGGUGGAGAUCGCGCACACCAUGUGCUUGUCCGAGCGCCAGGUCAAGAUCUGGUUCCAGAACCGUAGGAUGAAGUGGAAGAAGGAGCACAAGCUUCCCAACACAAAGAUCCGCUCAUCAUCCGGGUCGGCCUCUUCCUCAGCCUCCGGGGCCCAGCAGCAGCAGCAGCAGCAGCACCAACAGCAGCAGAUCAAAACAGGCCAGCAGCUUGUCCCAACGCCGUGCACAGUUGGUCUAUAG